AUGGACUCCCAAAGCCCAGCCACACUGUUUGCUCUUGCUGUACAGAGUCUACUGAACAGUGAGCCUGAAGUGAUCCAUGCUCUGCAACACAUCCCAAGAAGACUUUUUGUUCCAUUUUUCAAGGCUGCCUUCAUGGGUGGGCAUAAGAAUAUUAUUACAAGGAUGGUGAAGAUUUGGCCCUUUACCUGUCUCCAUAUGGGGACAUUAAAUGUACAGGAGCCACAGCAUGAACUCUUGAAAGCCAUGGUUGAGAGUCUUCCGGUCUUUCCUAACCAGAACUCAGAUUUUCGGAGCUGUGAACUGAGGGUCCUUGAUUUAAGAAAGGAUGAUGGCUGCAAGACUGUAUGCUCUGAAAGCAAUGAUAAGUCAGUGACCUGUUUUCAUGCUUGUGCUUAUUCUGAACACUCUAUCUUGAAAAGAGAAUCCCGAUGUAAUGUUGUAAAUUCAGAAUCUGAGGGUCAGUCUUCCAGGCAGCCUAUGGAAUUACUAGUGGACAUUUGCCUCAAUGGUACCCUAGGGGAAGAUGAAUUUUUGUCUUUUCUUCUGAGUAAAGCAAAGGAGAGUUUAGGUUUCUUGCACCUCUGCUGUCGAGAUUUGCAAAUUUAUAAAUUGUGUAACUGCAAAAGUACCUUGAGUUGCCUAGAUCUGCAGUGUGUUAAAGAACUGUCAUUCAAUCAGGCUUCUCUGAGUGAAGUCACUAAAAUUUUGUCUCAGGUGGUCCAGUUGGACAAACUUAGCCUGUCUAAAAUCACUUGUAAAUCUUUGAAUGGGAUAAUCUGUGGAAAUUUUACUACUCAGCUAAGGCGUAUGGACCACCUCAAGGAGCUCAACUUGUCUUUCUGCUUGACAGAUCAUCUUGAAAAUAUCUUGAGUGUCCUGCCAUCCGGUUUGGAUUUCUUGAGCCUGAAUUCCUGUCGGCUGUCUCACAAUGACUUUAAAUUUCUGUCCCAGUGCCCUCAGGUCAACCAUCUAAAGCAGUUAAAUCUUAGUAACAACCGAAUAUUUUCGGAAGAUUGUGAGUCUUUACACACUCUCCUUCAGAAAGUUUCAGGUACCCUGCAGCAUCUAGCAAUAGACUAUUGUCUCUUAACAGAUGCUACACUCCCUGUUCUGAUUUCAUCAAUAAGCCACUGUUCCCAUCUUCGUCUGCUUAGAUUUGGCUGUAACCCCAUUACAAUGCCUAUGCUAAAGAGAGUUAUGCAGCACUUAACAUGUUUGAUGGAAUUGAAAUAUGUGGUAUAUUCUCUCCCUGUGCAUUGCUAUGGAAUAUGGGAUUUUCUGGGCAGGUUAGACCCACAGAAGUUUGCUGAAGUGAAAGCAGAAAUAAGUAUGAUGCUACAAGUGGCACAGCGCAACGAUAUGAAAUGGAUUACUUACUUUGAGGAAAUUUAA